AUGCUUUUCAAGACGACAAUCUCCCUUCUUUUGGCCACCUUGGCCGCUGCUGCCCCAAACAAACGCCAGUCCGAGCCUAUCAGGGUCUCGCUCACCAACACGAUCCUCGCGGUGACCGAGGAGUUCAAUGCUUCCAUGGAUGGGACCGCCGUCCCCGUCGACUCGACCUUCACCUUCGACCUGGCCGUGGUUGAAUGCCUCGAGCUCUGCGUCCCAGAGUUCCACUGCACACUACACGACAAGAACUUCACCCCCUUUAUCUCCCUGCCCCCUUGGACCACCACCAUCGACCCAGCUCAACAAGUUGGUCUGAUCAUCUGCGGCUUUGGCCUGCCGGACACAAAGCGUGAGGUCCAGCCCGCGGCCGCCGAAGCUCGCGCGACUGAGCCCUAUGCUGGUGCCGCCGUGUUCUCCAACAACGAGACUGGUUGGUCCACCGGGUUUGGCUACUAUCUUGGCCAGACCGUCAGCCUCGCCGAGCGGACGGGCUACUACACCGGCGCUACGGUUCAGGAUGUGACUACCCCGCCUGGCGAGCGCUGGAUCUGCGAGGCGUUCGAUAUAAAUGGCGGAUCUCUGGGAAACUUUGCUGCCAGUGACAGGUUUAUUUAUAGCUUUGUGCCUGGGGUGGUGGGCUCUUUUGUCUGCCAGUAA